AAUAUCAUACCAUUAUAGACUCCACCACUGUCACAAAAUCAUUUUCUAGAGAAAGAGAAAAUUAGACGGAUCGAGAAGGUGACAAUAUGGGAGUAGCUCAAGUUAACCAAAUCUGGUUCCAUCUCAUGAUCAUCCUCUUGUGCAUCUCCAUUUCUUCUAUUGCUGCUGAUGAUUGUGUGUACACAGCUUACAUUCGCACUGGCUCAAUCAUAAAGGCUGGAACCGAUUCAAACAUUAGCUUUACUCUCUACGAUGCCGAUGGUUAUGGACUUAGAAUCAAGAACAUAGAGGCAUGGGGUGGGCUUAUGGGUCCAGGUUACAACUAUUUCGAAAGGGGAAACUUGGAUAUCUUCAGUGGGAAGGGUCCAUGUUUGAAUGGGCAGAUCUGUAAAAUGAACUUGACUUCCGAUGGUACAGGCCCACACCAUGGAUGGUACUGUAAAUACGUGGAAGUCACCGUUACCGGAGCUCACAAACAAUGCAACCAGCAGUUGUUCAAUGUGGACCAGUGGCUCGCCACUGAUGUUUCGCCGUAUGAGCUGACGGCUAUCAAGAACAACUGUAAGAAGCCCAAGUCCGGUGAGCAACAGGCCCUUUAUGAUUCUGAAUCUUAUCCAAUGGUUGAUGUAAUUUAAUUCGAGUUUGUUGGGCUUUAGUGGGGCAGGGCCCAGAAUAUCUAUUUAUUUUUCUCUUCUCUUUUUGUGAGUGGGAACAAAUAUGAUUUGUGUGCUGUCAUGGACACUUUAGAGAACUCAAUAAAGAAUCUAUCCUCUCUUUUUGUCUU